AUGGCAGGAGCAGAGUUGCGGGCGGAGUCCGACUCGCUGCUGCUGCAGCUGCUCCGGGACCUGGAGGAGCUAGAGGCAAAGCGGGAGGCUCUGAACGCCCGGGUGGAGGAGGGCUGGUUCUCGCUCUCCAAGGCUCGUUACGCCAUGGGUGCCAAGUCGGUAGGGCCUCUGCAGUUUGCCUCCCGCAUGGAGCCUCAUUACUACGUCCGCACCAGCGAGACCCAGGACGGACCCCAGAAGUUGUGGAUGGUGAGAGCCGUCGCCGAGACCCCAGAGGAGGUGGGCCCCCGUGAGCCAGCUCUGCGAAGGCGAAAGGGUCUCUCCAGGACUUCAAAGCCAGAGCCCUCUGCAGCCCCUGAGGACCCCCUGAACUGGUUUGGGAUCCUGGUUCCUCACAGUCUGCGGCAGGCCCAAGCCAGCUUCCAGGAGGGCCUGCAGCUGGCUGCAGACAUGGCCAGCCUCCAGAUUCGCAUCAACUGGGGUCGAAGCCAGCUCCGGGGGCUCCAAGAGAAACUCAGGCAGCUCGAGCCUGGGGCCGCCUGAGUCAGGGCAGUGAACACUCAGACAUGACAGCCUUACAUCCAGCCUUCUUCCUUUACAGAUUGCCCCUGCUCCACCUCAGCUAAUCGCCCCUUCCUUAAAAUUCCCCUGAUCUUUAUGCUUCCAACUUUGUUAGUGUGAAAGUUUGAAGAGGCAAACUGAGUAAUGUUAAAAGUCACAACUUUAAAACCGCUUCUAGGCCCGUGUUCACAUAGGACACACUUGCAUGGGGCAGGUGCAAGUCUGUUCACAUUAGUGAAGAAAGAGAAACAGCCUCGUGGAUAAAUCAGCUGUGGUUUAGUUAUAGGGUGAAACACUGUACAGCCUUGUCCCAGGGACGGGCAAGAAAUAGGUGCUUCGGGUUCACUACCUGUGAAAAAAAGAAACCCAUUGCCAUCGAGUCAAUUCCAACUCAUAGUGACUCUAUUGGACAGAGUAGAACUGCCCCGUAGGGUUUCCAGGGAACAACUGGUGGAGUUGUACUGCCAACCUUUUGGUUAGCAGCCAGAUACUUAACAGCUGUGCCACAGGGUUCACUAGAUCCUGAAAACUGAUUUCCAGUGAGGAAAGUAACAUACAUGGCUGACAGAUUAGGACAAUAUGAUACUAAAUAAACAAAAACACCUGAGUAGAUGGGCAGCCCUUGGCAGGUUUUAUGCCUUCAAGUAAAAAAGAUCUGACUUAGAUUUUCAAGGAAACUCUAGGAAGAAACUUAAGUUUUUAAAAAUCUGCCUCCUGCCUCACCAGGAGUGAGACAUAGCCUCUUUUCAUGUGUUUUUUUUCUGGAAACUCUGUGUGUGUCGUUGCUUUAUUUUUCUACUGAGUUUUAUCUUUUUAGCAAUUUCUAGGAGCUCUUUAUGUUUGGGGGAAAUUACUCCUUUGUUCAUAAUAUGACAUAAAAAUAAUUUUUUCCUAGUUUGUUUUUUGAUUUUGCUCCAUGGUGUUUUUAAAAAAUUUUCUUAUUGUAAGAUAAAACGUUACAAAACACUGCACAGAACAUUUAAAUAGCUUAAUAAAUAACUAUGGUGAACACUAGAAUAGCUAUCACCCAGCUCUUGCGUUUUUAAAUCAAGUUUUUAUUUUUUUUUAAAAUAGAGUUGAAUUUAUCAAUCAGCUCUUUUAUGAAUUUUGUAUUUGGGAUUGUAAUUGAUAGAGGCAGGCAGCCUCAGAGCUCAGCCCUUCUAGGAGACACAUGCUCUGGGUUAUCCUUCUACACUGGGUUAUCCUCCUAGACCAAGCCGAAUAGGCUGCACAUUCUUCUGAAAUUGCCUUUGACAAGAUAACCACAGAAUGGCUUUAGCUGUCCCCAAUUGGUUUUAGCAGGUUUCCAACACCAUCUUAGCACUUAAGUGACCUAUUAGCUCAUUAAGUGCAAAAUACAUAUAAGCACCCUGCCUCUUGGUGGAGACUUAAGAUGCUAAUGAGGGAAAAUUGACCUCUUCCUCCUUCCUGGGGAAUCAAACCCUUGUCUAAACAAAAUGCAUAGUCAUCCCCAAGCUCUGGACUCCUGCGCAAAAGUCGAUCCUGAAUAUCCAUGAUACAUUUACAUUUCCUUGUCUGCUCUCUGUAAAAGCCUGCCUCCCCAAGCUGCCUGCGAGCAGUCUUGGAGGCAGCAGCCUUGAUUGUUGCAUUUCCUUGGCCAAUGAAAUAAAGGUGCCUUUCGGAUCUCCCACUUCGGCCUCUUGUUUAUUGGCU